AUAUCAGAAAAGAGAGAGGAAAAAAAAUGCAAAAAGAUCAAGCUUAAAACUUCCUUACAUCCCACGUUUUAUAUCUCCUCUCAUAACAAAUAUUCAUGGAUUUCUGUUCCUCGGAGCACUUUUCCCUUAACUAACUCUCUCUCUCUCUCUGACACAUGCACAACAACAGUCCACAACUAGUGAGAUUUAUGUAUAAAUGGAGGCUGUGUUUUCAUCUCUAACAAAACAGAGCUAAAACAGAGUAUCACACCUCAAUAAAACCUUCGACAAACGGAGCAAAAACAGAGUAUCAAGCAAGAAUGGAAGAGCUGCGAGCUGCUAUGAUGGUCGAUGAGGCGAUCGAUCUGCCACCCGGGUUCCGAUUUCACCCGAGCGACGAGGAGCUGAUAACCCACUACCUGUCGCAUAAAGUAAUGGACACAAGCUUCUGCCCCAUAGCCAUAGGAGAGGUGGACCUCAAUAAGGUUGAGCCAUGGGAUUUGCCUUGGAAGGCGAAAUUGGGGGAGAAAGAGUGGUACUUUUUCUGUGUGAGGGAUAGGAAGUAUCCGACCGGUCUAAGGACUAAUAGAGCUACGGAGGCCGGAUACUGGAAGGCCACUGGAAAGGAUAAGGAUAUCUUUCGGGCGAAAUCUUUAGUCGGGAUGAAGAAAACUUUGGUUUUCUAUAGGGGUAGGGCUCCCAAGGGAUUGAAGACUAAUUGGGUUAUGCAUGAGUAUAGAUUGGAGGGGAAGGAUUCCAUGCAUAAUCUCCACAAAUCUGCUAGGAAUGAGUGGGUGAUCUGCAGGAUCUUUAUGAAGACCGCGGGAGGGAAGAAGGUGCAUAUAUCAGGGCUGACGAGUGGUGGUGCUGAUUCCCGGUCAUCAGAUUUGCCUCCACUGAUGGAGUUCUCGUCUGAUGACAAUCAUCGUAUGGCUACUACUGGCACGGACGUAUCUAACGACACAUGUUUCUCUAAUAACCCAAUGGAGAAUAAAUCUCAAGGGAAGGUCUUGGAUGAAUUCACUUCCUCCUCAUCAAGGAACUACGACUUCUCGCCCUUCCCAUUCGCCUUCCCUCAAGUCUCGCCUUUGAACUGUUCUUCUUUUUCGACUCAAAUCAAUACUCGGGCCGAAACCUUGACCGGCCGCCACUCUUCCAUGAUGCAAGAUGAGUCAGUAAUGAGGCAUUUCUUCGACAACAAUGGCGUGGAGACGAAAACAGAGCCCGAACAGGGCAUGCCCGAAGCCGGAUUCAAGGCUUAUCAAGAUCAAGAUAUCCCUGUGAUUUCCACUACCGGGAUAGACCUUGAUUGCUUAUGGGAUUACUGAAACAUCAAUUUUUUAGAACAUUAGAAGUUGCAAAAGUCUACGUUAGGGAAAAAGUGUUGUUUGAAUUUGGUGAUUGUGAAAAAUACCAAUUGUAGUUAUUGUACAUGAUUCUUUCUGUACCUUAAUUCUCUGUGGAAGUGUUGAUUUUUCUUAUUAGUGAUCA